AUGAGCGGUAUUGCCGAGCGUAUGGAAGUCGUGCCUGGUGCCGAGAAGUCCACAGACGAAGCAAUGAUCGCCACAGAGAUAUUCCCAAAGGAGCGUCAUAAGCUGCUUCGCCAGCUCGGAUCGUCGGUCCGGAAGUUCCUCGAUAAGAGGAUCGACGAACAACAGCUGAAGACCGCAACUGACAAAGUCGAGGGCCAGAUGAAACGCUACGACAGUGUCCCAGUCUCAGACUUGACCUUGAAGGAGGUUGAACGGUCUCUUCGGCUCGAAUACGAUGCCCAUGACCUAGAGAUGAAGAAUGUUCAGCCGCUCGCCCUAACCCCCCCACCUCGGUAUGUAUUUGGUUUCUCGCGACCCACCGAAGCUAGUACUCGAUGGUUUAUUGACUCUGUCACCCUCAACGCGUACACGACUGCCACUUCGAAUCUCACAAAUGCGCAGCCCUUGAAUGUUCAAUGCAAGAGGACCUAUUCUUUCGGCCCGGUCACUCUCAAUCAUAAGCGGGUUGUUUUCUCAGGAAGAAUAGACUACACUGUCUGGUAUGGUGAGAGCGAGGCCUUGUGCCUCAACGUCCUCAUCGUUGAGGCUGAUCCAAUCCCCCAACUCCUGGGAUAUAUGGGGUGUAUCCACCAGGGACGCAAGAAUGACCAGAAGCGCAACUGGGGUGUGUACGGGAUGGCGUACACUGGAUCAGUUUGGCAUUUUUUGAAAAUUAGUCACGAUUCGAAGUGGUCACAAUUUGCUGUUGUCGGUCGUCGGGCAGCUCUGGAGCAGCCGUUUGGGUUGAUGGUGUGGAUGCUCCGGAAGGCAGCUGUCAUCUCCCCAGCCCAUUCAAAGGAGACCUCGGCAGAAACCUACAGUGGGGUGGGGUCCGAAGAGAUGGAUAUUGAUCCCAUCCCUUGA